AUGUGCAAGAAUCCUUCACCGUCUUCGCCUCUCUCCAUCCCGAGUCGCAUCAGAUGGGAUGAGUUCUGCAGCCUGUGUAAGGGAGGGCAGCAGCUGAUGGUGAUACACGGGAAUGUGUAUGACGUGGGAGGAUGGGUGCUCCUGGCCUAUGUUGGGGAGGAUGCGACCGACCCCUUCGAAGCAUUUCACCGCGACGACGACGCUAUGAAGAAAUAUCUGGUGGGGCUCAAAGUGUCUUCGUUGGUUGCCGACGACCAGUCAAAGGAGAAAGAUGGAGCGAGAAACAAGGAGCUGGAAGAAGACUUCCGAAAGCAAGGAGCGCUGAGGUCGAGCUUGAAGGCAGCGGGAAUGUACAAGGCGAACCCCUGGUUCUACCUUGGGAUGCUAGCGCACAUUCUUGUGCUGGAGCUGCUGGCGUGGGCUGUGCUCAAGCGGUUUGGAAGCGGAUGGAUCGCGUACAUGGCAGCUGUCGUCCUGUUGACAACAGCGCAGGCUCAAGCGGGAUGGCUUCAGCACGACCUCGGGCAUCUUUCCGUGUUCAAGAGUCGAAGUUUGAACCUCCUGGCUCAUCGAUUUGUUAUCCUCCACUUGAAAGCGGCUUCUUCGGCAUGGUGGAACUACAGGCAUUACCUGCAUCAUGCAAAGCCGAACAUUCAGGACACAGAUCCUGAUAUCAACAUGCCGUACGUGUUUAUGCUGGGCGAGUCCAUGUCGAGACGAUGGGCCAAGAAGCAACGAGAAGGAAAAGUGAAGGGCUUUCUUCCUUAUUCCCUGCAGCACCAGUACUGCGAGAAGAGAAGAACAGAGCAGGAGAGGAACACGGGGGUCAUGGGACUGAACGGGAAGGGUGGAAGGUGGAUCAUCGGCCCUCCUCUGCUCCUUCCGAUCUACUUCCACUACGAGAAUCUGAGAUAUGUCAUUGGCAAUGCGGUCUGGGGCAAGUCAGGGAUGUGGAAAGAUUCCUACGGCACCGAGAGAUAUCUGCGACAGCAUCGGCGCUUCUUCUGGGAGGAGUUUCUUUGGAUGGCUUCGUUUUUCAUUCGCUGGCACUUGAUGUAUGGCCCGCUGCUGGGAGGGCUGUGGGGAUGGUUCGGCCUGUACAUGACUGUUCGCGUCAUCGAGUCCCACUGGUUCGUCUGGGUCACUCAGAUGAGUCACAUCCCCAUGAGCAUCAGCAAGUUUGACGAGGCGGAGCAUCACGACUGGCCGUCGCUCCAGCUCGCAGCCACCUGCAACGUGGAAGGAGGAGCGUUCAACGACUGGUUCACCGGUCACCUCAACUAUCAGAUCGAGCAUCAUCUGUUCCCCACCAUGCCUCGUCACAACUACCCAAAAGUCGCUCCGCUCGUGCGCGACCUCUUCGCCAAGCAUGGCAUGAAGCACAAGUACGAGAGCAAGAAGCUGCUGCAGGCGUUCGGCGACAUCCUCUCCUCGCUCGAGAGAUACGGAAAGGCAUGGGAGCACGCGUUCUAUGAGACAUGA